AUAAUAAUUUAUACUUAAAAUUUACUUAUUUUUGAAUUAAUUCAAAAAUAGAUAUAGUAUAUUUUAUUAUUCGAUAAGUGUUGUUUGUUUUAGAUUACUUAAUUAUGACUAUUUAUCUUUAUACACGUGUUAAAUGAAUAGGAAAAACGAAGAACAGCAAAAGCAAUGCCGUUCUAAGAAAUCUGCUAAUAAGCGAACUAUGGAUAAAAUGGAUAAUAAAAAUACUCAGCGUAUGACUCCAUAUACGGAGCGUAAUGCGUCUGGUCGAAAUUGGGAAAUGUUUAGAAAUUUAGUAUUUAAUUCGCCAUCAUUAAAUCCAGAGUCUGGAAAAGAGAGUGUUAAAAAAAAAUCAUCACCACAUCAGAAAUCAAGAAAAAAGCAUUAUUCAUCUAUAUUAAAUGUGGAUCAUAUAACAUCACAUAAUGACGAAGAAGUAGUUUUUGAUGAAAGUAGGAAGAAAUUAACAAAACAAAUAGCAAUUGAUUGUGAAAUGGUAGGUAUAGGAGAUGGUACUGAAAGUAUGUUAGCUAGAGUAUCUAUUGUAAAUCGUCAUGGUUUCUGUGUUUAUGAUAAAUAUGUAAAACCAAGAGAACCUGUUCAAGAUUAUAGAACUAAAGUUAGUGGAAUUAGACCUCAUAAUCUUCAAAAUGGAGAAGAAUUUGAGAUUGUUCAGAAAGAAGUAGCAGAAAUUUUAAAAGGCCGCAUUUUAGUUGGUCAUGCACUAAAAUAUGAUCUUGAUGUAUUAUAUCUUUCUCAUCCAAGAAAACAUCUACGAGAUACUUCUAGAUUUAAAACUUUCAGACAAUUAUCUAGAGGAAAUACUCCUAGUUUGAAGAAACUAGCACAUGAAUUACUAGGUAAAGAAAUACAAACAGGGGAACAUAACUCAAUAGAGGAUGCAAGAGCUGCAAUGCAAUUAUAUAUGCUCUACAAAAAUAAAUGGGAAUCUGAACUAUAUUCUAAACGAUAAUUUGGAUUAUAAUGAACAAUCUGUACAUUUUUUAUAAAAAAAUUCUGAAAAUUUUGUAUAUAUAUAACAAAGUUCAAAUAUUUGAUGAACAUUUAUUUAAAAAUCUAUCUUUUAAAUAUAAAAUUAUUCAAAAAUAAAUAAAAAUAUUUUUAUUUUAUAUAAAAUAACUUUAUAUUAAAUAUUUUAAUUUUUUUCAUGAUCAUGUUUAAUAAAAAUUAAUCUUCAGACUUUAGAACGUAUGAAUAUUAAAUCUAUAUAAUUAAAUAUGUAAAUAGAAUACUGUUACCAGAGUGUAAAAGAAUUUAUGUUAAAAAUUUCAAAAUAUAUUUCUUUUUUAUAUAAA